UAUUCAAUAAAUAAGCACAUGAAACUGUUUUCUCUUAAUGAAAGUGGAUUAUCAAUUAAUUUAAAUAAUAUAGAACUAAGACUCGUAAACAGCAGACUGUUAUCCUAAUAUGUAGUGAUGUAUUAUGUUAUUAUUUAUCAUCAAAAUUCAAAAUUACAAAUUGAAUUCAAUUAUAAAUCAUUUAAGAGAAAAUCUCUAGGCAUCUUUUGAAUUUCAAGUUUCAGUUAACUAGAAGAAUUGAUAACCAGAAAAACAUGUGCAAUUUUUUCAAUUCAUACUUAUAUUUUAUCAGUUUAAUUCACUUACCAUAUUAUUUAACACAAACUGAUUGGGAUAUUCGAGCCAAUGUUAUUUUUCCUCCACCGUCUUCAUCAUCUCCGACAACUCCAAUACCUGUAGUUCCACAAAAAUCAACAAUAUAUAAUGUAGGUAAUGAAAUGAAAAAUGUAGUAACUGAAAGUAGUAGAACAAACAUACUACAAUCUGUUGAUGAAGUUAUUGAAAAACAAGAAACUAGAAUAGAUUGUUUGGAAGCAUUGCACAAUUGUGAAUUAUUUAGUGGAAUAUGUAAAGUGGAUGUAGAUAUUUUCAAAACAUUUUGUGGAGAUUGGACUGAUGAGCGCAGUUUAAUGGGGUGCCAGCGUAAAUAUUUACGAGAAUGUCAAUCAGCCCUUAGAACCAUGAAUCUUGGACGUCCAGGAUUAAAGCAUUGUAUAUGUGAUAGUCGGUCUAGCCGUUCGAUUGAUGACUUAACCAAAUGUAAUCUACUUAGAAAAAAUUUAAACAAUCAUCCAUGUUUGGCUGAACCACCAAUAUUUCUUCGUGAAUUACAUACAUCUGGAAAUUUUCGCCAUGAAUCUAGAAAGGAAAUAAAACCAGAAAGUAAACCUACUCAAUCAACAAGCAAUAUGAAUACAAAUGUGAAACGUCUGAAUACAACAUCACUAUUGGUCGAACCCUUUGUAUCGUCUAUACCGAUGACUACAGAAUCUCCUAUCACUAUGAAUAUGCUGUCUAGUGUAGGAUCACCUAACAGUGAAUUAGUUGAUCAGCAUUUGAACAAAAAUAAACAAAAUACAAGUUGUUUAGACUUACUUGAAAAUUGCACUAAAUUGCCAGCAUGUGCCAUAGCACUUAAUAAAUUUCGUGCAUUAUGUACUGUUAGAACUUGUAAUAAGCUGAAAUCACAAUGUUUAGAAGCGUCAAAGAAAUUUCUUCAACUUAAAACACAUAUGAAUUGUGACUGUAAAAGUGAAUUAAACGAAGGCAGGUACCGUAGAUGUUUAGAUUAUAAAGAGGCUGUAAUUGAUAAUAAAUGUGUUGAAAUUUCAUCAAACCAAGAAAUAAACUUGGUUAAUGGAAACGAAUUGGAAUAUUCUUUUGUAAAUAUGAAUUUGGAAAAAAAUUUAGCAACUAUUCCAGUUUCACCAGACUAUCAUACAGCUGUUCAAAAUAAUUCAACAACUUUAGAAAAUGAAACAUUAUCAGUAUUACACCAGUCACACUUUAUCAGUUCUAAUAUUAGUGGUCAAAGAUCAAACGAAUUAACUGAUAUAGAAACAAUUGUUUCUGAAACAUGGGAUAAUAAAAUGGAAUGUUAUUCAAUAUUUUAUGAAUGUCUUCGUGAACCUGUUUGUCUUCAACAUUUUGUAAAUCUUCGUUAUGGAUGCGCACAGAUGAAUAGGCAGUUUAUUGCCUGUAGAAAUCCAAAUCAGUGUAUAAACUCACUAGAACUUUUUUACAAGGAAACAAAUUCUCUGGUAAAUAAAGCCAUAUCAUGCACUUGUACAGUAAGUGAUUUGGAUUGUCAGCAGAUUCAAAAUGUAUUUGUACCCAGAUGUAUUCGUCAGUCAUAUGGAUUGAGGAUGGAUUGUUAUCAAGCAUGGGUUAAGUGUCAGAAUGAUCCAGUUUGUAGGACAAGUUAUGAUCUGCUGGUUUCAGAAUGUCAAACUUCAAAUGGACUUUGUUAUUUAAAUCCAUCUGCCUGUUUAAACUCUUACCGAAGAUUAUGGAGCGGUCCAUGGGCUGGUGGUUGCAGUUGUGAAGUAACACGACCGAAGUUAAAUCCAUCAAAUAAUGUACUAACAGGAUGCAGUGAAUUCGGUAGGAUUUUAACACAACCUCCCUGCGUUGAAAUCACUCCCGAAACACAUCAAUUAGGAAGCCCAACUUUAACUCACAAUCCAUUAUAUUGUAAAAUGAUGAAAAAACUACAAAUGCCUUCUGAAGAUUUUGUCAGAAUUCCAUCUUUGCGUGUUUAUCAAGAAGAGGAGCAGCUUGCACGAAAUUGUUCUUUACUAUGCAAUUGUCACGUUGGUUGUCGAUAUGAAAUGUGUUAUGGAACAGAGAUGAAAAUUUGGCAUGCUUAUUCUUUAUCUAAUCGUACUAGUCAAAAUGUUACUUUUCCAACACGAAUACAGACAAUCAAUAUUUAUCAAGCAAAUUUAUCAUUAGGUUGUCUUUAUCUACCAAAAUUUAAUCGUCACUGUGUAUGUUAUGCAUAUGAUCAUGUUGUCUGUGAUGUAUUCAUUCCGAAAAACCAAUAUUUCUUAACAGGUCAUAAACUAUUGAUUGAUUUCGAUGUGGAAAUGUAUUCUACAACGAUUGAUUUGCUGGCUGAUGAUAAAUCACUUUCAGAAUAUGAAUUUUACGGAAGUAUUAUUCAACUUGAAUUUCUGCUGACGAAUUUCCUAGCACAUUUAUUUGGACAGAAAAGCUGUCGGUUGAUAUUAUCUGCAUAUCAAACAAUCGAUGAUAAACAUUUCUGGUUAAAACAACAUUCAACCAACAAUAAUUCGAAUAAGUUAUUAAAACGAUUAGAAUAUCUACUGGCGAUCAAUUUAGACACAUCUUUUCCGACAGAAAAUAAAACAUCUUUAUGCAUUAAUCUACUAGAAGUUCUAACUAUAAUGAUCAAUGAUCAAUAUCCGCAAAUAAGAUAUCAUGUUAAGUUUUCAACAUUUCAAAAAAGCAUUUUAAAAGCACCAGGAUUUAAUGAACAUUAUGAUUUAGAUAGAACUCUUGAUAAAACAUAUCGUUUACAACAAUUACAACGUCAACAGCAACAACAACAACAGCAGCAACAAGAAACUCAAGCUUGGAGGCAUAUAAGAACAUCGGUACAAAUGCAAAGUAAUAAUAAACUAGAAAAAAAUAAUUCUCACAAAACAUACGUUUUGAGUUACUCCAUGUGUAGUAUUUUAUUGAUUUUUACUAUGUCUACCAACUUUUUUUUAAAGUAAAUUCAAUGAAUGUUAAAGUAUGAACUGUGUAGUUUCAUUCAACAAUUCCAUUUAGACUAGGUAAAGAAAAACAAAUUAAAAUUUCACAGAGCAUAAUUAAUAAAAUAAGAUUUUCAAAUCACCGUAUCUAUUCUUUUGUGAUGUGUAUACGUGUGUACAUUUUAUAGUUCUUCUUAAUGUUAGCUUUCAUUUUUGAUGUAUACUAUUGUUAAUAGGUGUGCUUUUAUGUCUUGUCUUAGCAGUAAGCUUACAGAUCUUAUUUUUUAAUGAAUAUUAAGAAGUAAAAACAUGUAUUUUAAUGCUACAUUAUGAUGAUUUAUCAUUCCAUUGAUUAAAUUGUUCUGUUCACGCAUUUUAAAUACCAGUCCUAUACUCUGGUGAUCUAAUGUUUCAGAAAAAAUCUCUUUCAUAUUGAUAUGUUGGAUUAAAAAACAAAAAUAAAUUUUUAUAGCAAACUAUGCUUGAAUAUACAUAUCUUCAUUGCAAUCUCUAUUUCCUGUACAAAAAGAUAUGAAUUUUUGUUUGUAUCCAAGGUUUUUCAUUGUGUCCUCGAUUUGCCUAUGAUUUUUUUACACUGCAUUUGUAAAACUAUUUCAUAGGUACGUUCAAAAGAAAGAUAAUGUAAUUAUACAAAGAAAUGACAUAAUACUAUAUGAUACAAAUAAAUAAUUCAUUAAAACACUUUGCUACUGUUUAAUAACUUUUUUUGAUUAUGUAUAGACAAUAUUUUGCUGGCAAGAAUUGUUGUUUCGUUCUCUUGUUCUCUAUUGUUUUCUUGCUUUGAUUUUUUGUGAAAUAAAUGAUUAGAUUUUAUUCACCCCUCCCCCUUUAAAGCUAAUAUUUCACAAAAGUGCAAUCGUUUUGGCUUAAAAGAAAGUAAAAGUAAAUUUGUCUCAUUACUGAUUUAAACCCGUUAUAAAUUACUUUCUUUAUCAGUGGAAUGGAGGAAACUAUAACCUGAAAAAAGUUUUUGACUAAUAUUUCUACCUCAUGUUUUUGUUUUUUGAAAUGGAAAAAACUUCAUUUUACCGGUUUAUUUAUGUAAUCGUUUAUGUAAAUUGUAUGUGUUUGUUAUUGUUCUGUGAUAUGUCCUAAAGCACCAUACCAAAAUAUAUAUAAGAUUAUGUGUAAUUAUUCUAAUUUUACAUUUCAUCCUAAUCUUAAGUAAAAAGUACAUCGCCUUAAGAUUAAUUGAAUUGGUGCUUCAUUGAAAUACAUAAUUCUAAUGUUUUAGCCUGGUAUUCAUCAUCUACUGGUCAUUAUCAAAUGCGUUUCUUGAUAACAUCUGAAACAAUUAUAACUUGCUUUAGUCUGUUCAUAUAAAUAAUGUAAAUUGGCUGUCAGUAGUUCUGCUUCUUUAUGCACUCAUUAUUGUAUACUGCAAUAUGAACAGAAUUGAAUGCUUUUAGAUUGCAAAUUAUGAUAUCGUUGUUAUUUGUUUGUUGAUACUAUUACCAAAAACUAUUAUUAGCUUUGAAUUCUAGAAAGUUGAUACUUGACUUUAAGACAGAAGCGUUAUGUUUUUAAAGAAUACACUAAUGGCUAUGGAGAAUAAUGUCAGGUUCUUAGUUGAGUUGUUACAUUCUAUAACUACCGUAUCGUAGUUGGUUAGCAUUCAGAGUUUAAUAAUCCGACACUAGUUUAACAAUAUGUAUACAUAUAAUAAUUGCAUUUUGUGAGGUAACUUUAAUUUUAGAUCUAUUUUAACCACAGUUAAUUAUGUGACACAGAUUAACCUAAUAUCUAGAUGAAGCUUGAUUUGUCUCGUUAGAGGGUAAUUAGUAAUAACCGAGUAAUUGGGAAAAAUCUAUAUAUUGUGAUGUAUUUUCUGCAAAUAAUAGUUGUAACAGACACUUAGGUUUUAAUUGAGAAAAAUUAGGGCAUAUUUGGUAAAGUUCCACGAUCAGGCGAAAUAACUCUAAAAUGUUAUAAAACCUACUGCUAAUGAAUAACUUAAGGGUUUUAUGCCUUGUCAAUAUACUCGAUUUCCAAUGCAUUACAUCAUAGAUACAACUCUUUUGAAGAAAGUCCUUAUUGAUUCAUGAUAUUAAUAAUAAAAAAAUUCAUGUCGCAAGUGUUAUAUAAAGGAUUCACAAUAUUAAUGAAUUAGUUAAGGUAAAUGUCAUUUAAGUAAAAAAUCGGAGUGACAAAAUGUUAAUGUAUUUAUGUAUUGUGAAAAUUCCGGAAAUUACUGUUUUAUCAUUACUGGACAUACUAAUGAAUUUUAAACUAAAUAGUCUAUUCGACAAAGUUGUUUCUUAUUCUUUUGUAAACUUGUCAGCUAUUCUAAACAGCUUUUGCAUGAUAUAUAAAAAUAUAGUCAUGUAUUUGGUUUUCUUCAUUGUUUAAAAGUAAUAUAAACAUUGAAUGAAUAAAGUAUGUCUUCAGGUAAAAUAUAUUUAUCCGUAGUGAACUUAAUGUAUUUUGUACAUCUAAUAAUUCUUACUUUGAUUAAAAAUAUCCCAAGCUACAUUUAUUAUCAAUCUAUAGAUGUUCAUAUAAUUUUAUUUACUUAUGUAUGUUAUAUCCUCCUCUCCUAUUACUUGUACUUGAAAUAAUGAACAAAUACAUUUCAUAUGUCUCAAAGAAUACAAAAAAUAAUCUGGUACAAGUGAAGAUUAAUUCACUUCAGAACAUGACAACCCUAGCCAAAAAUACACUAAUUUAUACAAUGAAUUGUACACUCAAUUAAUUACUAAUCAAGUAAAUCACAUAUAUGAAAAUACCACAAAAUUGCAUACUACAUCUCAUAUUAAACAUAGUUUGUGUUAAUUCAAUAUAAACAAUACUAUAACUUAAACAAAAAUUAUAC